AUGCCGCUCAUGGGAACUCGCGUCAUCACCAUCAGCGUCGGCAUAAAACCCGACCACGAAGAUUUCACGGUCCACGCAAAGCUUAUCCGAGAAUCUUCAGCUCUAAUCGAUGCGAACUUGCUAGCGGACGACAGCGAGAAUAAGGAAGGCCCGAUCGUCCUCACAGAUUACCAGCCAAAAGACUUCAUGAUCUACGUUCAAUGGCUGUACACCGAACGCGUCCUUAUGGAAGCUGAAGGUCUCUCGAGGGUGGUUCAUGAAGGUCGAAAACUGAUCAAGGGCUACCUUCUUGGAUGCCACCUCGACGACGAUGACUAUAGGGACACACUCAUGGACUCCCUAAUGGAAUGGGGAGACAGAGCCGACGCCGACGAUUUUGCCACACUGCUUUCCGAGAUCAUCCAAACUGUAUUCAACCGCACUGAUGCCAACAAUCCACUUCGAAAGUUCAUCGCAGACUACACUGUCUGGAACACAGACUAUGAAUACUGGGCCAACAACUAUCAGUUAUUUCCCGACAGAUUCGUUGCGAUGGUUUCGCUCGGGAAUUCUUAUCGCUGCCACCUUGACGGCUCUGGCCCUUCCGAUCGUGCGAAAGAUGAACCUUGCUUGUACCACUGCCAUGAAGACCGGGUUUGCUACAAAGAGAGUUCCAAAAGGUAA